CCGAGGGAACAGAGCAUGCUUCCUUUCUGUCUUCUCGCACAAGACUGCGUGCACGUGUCACUCUUGUUGUUCACCGUAUCAAGACUGCCGUCAGCAAGAAUUGAAGACAACAUGGCUGCGACAUUGAAGAAACUUGUGGCCGACUGUAACGUCCCAGGGAAUUUUCUCCCAGAUGGCGCCGAGGUGUUCCUCACCCACACCGAGGACAUGCCUGUGUCAGCCGAUGUCUACUGGUCCGCCUUCCGGAACUUCGUGAAACUGCAGCUGCAGUUCGAGGGCCACGAAAACAUCCGCCUUCGGAAAGGUUUUGGCUUGGUGGGCACGGUGGUCUCCUUUUACUACGACCCGACGGACCUGGCCGAGGGGCAGCGGGAGAUGAAGCUGGUAGAGAAUGACGACUCUACAAAGACCUGGAGAGUCGAGGAGACCGAGCCUAACGAUCUGUACAAGAGUUAUGAGAUGACCAUAAAGGUUGAAGGGACCGAUGCAGCCAAGGUGACCAUAUCCGUGCGAUUCGUGUCCGCCAUUAAAGAUCCGGUGAAGCGUCGUGAGGACAUCGCCUACCACAUGGUUCACCUGUUGGGAGCUCGCAUCCGGGACAUCCUGAACUACGUUGUCCGUGAAAAGGUGGGAGGGAAACACCGCUUCGAACUGGAGGUGGAUUGCUCUCGCGAGAAGUUGUGGGGAACCGUGGGGAACUUUGAUGACGUCAGUUGGAUACGCGAAUCCACGCACACCGUCGUCAAGGGAAUCCGUCGGACGAUCUACUUCACCAAGGACCGUUCCCUGGAGGUUCGUCUGGCCUGGGCGGACUCCAGCGACUACCUGUUUGUGUACGAAGGAGACAACAGCCCGGACUUUCUGCACUGCAAGUACUACAGGGGCAGGCUCCAGUUUUUCGCGGUCAGCCCCAAGAAGGUAAAAGUGGUGUACGACUGUACUUUCCUGCCGGCUAAAGACGCGCCAGUGGAGGAGUUCACCAAAUGGUUCGUCCCUGCUAUCGCCAGCAGGAUCGGUUGGCUCAAGGAGGCGUUUGGUGAAGCAAAGCCCAGUGUUAACGUUGAAGGGCCCGCCACUGCUGCGGGACCUCCCGCCUUCAAGAAGGGUGCGUACUCCACCGGUGCCCGUGGGGUCGUCAGGGGGCCUUUGGAGGAUGUGUGGAAGGUCUUCCGGCCUUUUGGACGCGACUGCAUGGAAUACUGGAAGAUCUAUGACAACAUGGAGAUCGAGGAACCCGGAAAUGACGUACAAGGCUGCAUCCGGUGUUUUGUGACCUCCAAGACGAAGAGGAAAAUCAGGGAAAGACUGGAAUGGCGAGACGAUAAGGAGCAUGUUGAGAUCUACAGCCUUUUGUCCAUGGAUCCUCCGCCGCCAGUGGCCAUGACCAAUGUUUACACCACCAUUACGAUGACGGAAGUUGGUGAGAAGGAGACCGAAGUGAAGUUCGAGUGCACCUUUGACGUCAGCGUGUCGUUUGCCGUGUCCCGUAUCCAAGACAACCAGAAGGGAGCCUACAUGGCGUGCAUCAACGGACUCCAGCAGCUCUUCCACUCCGAGGUCGGGACGCUAGAGGUCGUUGUUGGGAGUGCCGCUGAUCUGGCAAGGACUGACGGCUGGUUUGAUGCUGACCCAUACGUUGUGCUCGCUGUGAAUGAUGGGAAACCUGUGACCACCAGGGUUUGUCGCGCUACCCAGAAUCCCAUCUGGGACGACCGUUAUGAACUUCCAGUGACGUCACGCACAAGAAACAUCGUCUUUACCGUCAUGGACCGGGACACAGUCGGACAGGACGACAUCAUGGGUACAGCUAACGUCAACCUGGACGAGCUGACGUCAGGCAAGGAGAAAAAGAUGACUCUGGACGUGCAGGGAGGAGGGACGCUGAACGUCAGGCUGUACCUGAAGAUGCACGACAAGCCCAAGGAGCCGGAGGAGGGAGACAAGGUGGUUAAGCAGCUAACUUUGCCCUUCCUGGCGCCGGUCUUCCAGAGCGAGCUGGACGCCAUCCGGAACGAGUUCACCAACCUCAUCACGUCGUUUUUAGGACAUGGCCAGAAGUACGAGCUGAGCUACAUGACACGUCUCCGGACUCACCCUGACGUGCCUCUGGAGGAGAUGCCUGCCGCAUGUGUCCCCAUGCCGACACAGGAGAUGUUCACUCCCCUCAAGGCCGGACGGCUCAUGCAGCGUCUCAUGGAGUUCAUUGGCUCACAGGCCCAGAUCAUGGUCCGCCUGGCCCAAGUCAAGGGCAUCUGGGAUCCGUGGAAGGCCAACUUCAGCGGCUACCUUCCUGCCAACGAGAAGCUGAUUGAAGAGUGGCAGAAAGACGAGGAGUUCUGCCGCCAGUAUCUCCAGGGCAUCAACCCGAUGCUACUGACAGUGUGUAAAGACCAGAGCCAGAUUCCUGCCGAGAUGCUGGAGCUAAAGGCACAAGGCAAGACCACCCAGCAGCUCAUGGAAGAGAACAGGCUCUUCAUCGUGGACUACGCACCCAUGCUCGGCGUUCCUGCUACUCCAGGCAAAUUCUUCUACGCGCCGAUCGUGCUGAUGUACAAGGAAGAGCUGGCCGGUGGCAAGUCUCGUCUCAAUCUUCUUGGGAUCCAGCUUUCAAGGAAAAAGGGCGAGAAUGAGGUGUUCUCACCAGAAUCUGCUAAAACUCAUCCCAACAAGUACAUGUUCGCCAAGAUGCACGUGGUGUCUGCUGACAACAACGUGCACCAGUUCCUGUACCACCUGGGCUACACUCACCUCGCCAUGGAGCCUAUCGCAGUGUCGCUGCACACCCACCUGCCACCAGACCACCCCAUCCACCGCCUGCUGCUGCCCCACUUCAAGGACACCAUCGGCAUCAACUACCUGGCCCGCCACUCCCUGGUCUCCAGGAUCUUCCCCAUCACCGACCCGAUGUUCGCUACUUCCACCGUGGGAGGGCUCGUCAUGUUCCUCAAGGAGUGGCAAAAGUACAAUUUCAUGGACAUGGCUUUCCCCGAAGAGCUGAAACGCCGUGGUUUUGAUGAGGCCGGCACUGAUGGACUGAAAAGCUACUUCUACCGUGAUGACGGCUUCAAACUGUGGAACGUCUACAAGACGUACGUGACUGGUAUGGUCAACAAGGCGUACACAAGUGACAAGGCUGUUGUGGAUGAUCAAGCCCUUCAGAAGUUCUGCCAGAUGAUUGAAGGUCCCGGACAGCUUCACGGAUUUCCUCGCGAGAUUUCCACCAAGAAGCUGCUCAUCGACUGCCUGACCAACAUCAUCUUCAACGUGAGCGCGCAGCACUCCGCCAUCAACUUCCCGCAGUAUGACUACUACUCCUUCAUACCCAACAGGCCAGCUCAGCUGUCGUCCCCAAUGCCUGACGGACCGAACGACAUGUUGGAGUCCGCUGUACUGGAGGCCCUGCCUCCUCCACAGUUCACCGCUCUUCAGGUCCUCCUGUCCUACAUGCUGUCCAUGCCGUCCCAGACUGCUAUCACCGGGGUGGAGGCUAUGAAGGAUAUUUAUCCGGAAGUUCACGAGGAGUUCAACAAGACGCUCAAGAACCUCUCCAAGGAGAUAAAGGGUCGUAACGACAAGCUGAAGGCGGAAGGGAAGGUCGCCUACACCUACCUGGACCCCGAGAACGUCGCCAUGAGCAUCGAUAUCUAGAGUGAUUCUGCCGGCUGACUACCAUCUCGCACAACCGCUAAGAUAUUGUCAUGAGCAUCGACAUCUAAAGUACAGAAACCUGAAAUGUUGUUCAUGGUAGCAAAAUCCUACGGCACCUAACCAAAUGAUAGCAUGAUGACGUGAGAAAUAUAUCUGAAAAUAGUUAUCAAUUACACAAAUUCUGUGAUGGGCCUUAUUCCGAUUUUUGAGAUUCGCUGUUACAACGUGAGAUUACGUUUAAAGAAAAAUGAUCGGAAAGAACAGCGUUAAUCAAAGUGCAUUAUUUCGAAUGGUGCCACACGUCUAUGGCGUUUAGAGUGUGCCCGACACAAAGAUUGAAAGUAUCCACAUCUAGAGCCAGUAAUGUUAGGACUAGGAUUUUCCAGAGACCUGAUACAGAAAUUAGCUGAUUGAAUUAUAUCAAUUGAGAUUUAUCAUGCAUUGCGGUUCUGAUGUAGAGUGGCUUGCUACCGUCAAAACUUUGUACAAUUAUCCAUCCACCUAUUAUCACUAAAUAGAUAUUUAUAUACAAAUUAAUGUUACAAUAUUAUCUAUAUGUAUACGCUGCACUUGAAAUGUUAUGAUAACUAUUGGACUGAAGUUUCUAGCCUCAUUCUUAAAGUCAAAAAUAAAGACAUUAAGCAAUUAUAGUAUGUGUAGAUAGUCCUUCCGUUUAAAACGUAAAAAAAUGUACUGUUCCAUACUGCAAUGAAAUGAUAUGCACCUUAGAGAAAAUGUAAAAAAAACUGAUUAUGGGGUAAAUAAAUUAAUUUGAAUGAG